CGCCAACUGGUCCCCCAUGGAAGCGCAGAUUCUGCUGAUCACCUCAAGAUGCCCCUCCCCAAUGCCAGUAAACUCCCCACCCAACUUCGUGGAUCCAUUUAAUGUCUUUUCGUAGUCUUUCUUUUUCUAAGCCGAAAACCAUGAUUCAAGCAUUGCACUAAUACAAUGGAGGGAUAUUUUUUUCUUUAUCUUCUCCCACCACUUCAUCUUUUUUUUAUUUAUUUUAUUUUAAUAAUUUUUUUCUUUCUUUUUUUUUUUUUGUUUUGGUUUUUUUUUUUUUUUUGGGCUAUGGGUUGUUGGAGCGGAGGUGAAAACUUGACUAUUACAGUCGGUAAUGACUAAAAUAUUAUGAGAAAUGCUGAGUAAAUGCAAAUUCCUAUUUCAGUCAACGGCAACUACCUGUAAAAUGUACUCAGGAUGAUCUCAAGACAGACAGCAAGGGAGAAAGCUUCGCCAAGGGACGCAAAAAACACAGCCUGGGUAUUAGUUAUGGGCCUUGAUCUGCCUUGCUGCAGCUGCUUUCUGUGAUUAUCCUUUGUUAUAUAAUUAUCCCCAGCUGUCACCCACCUCACGACGGUAUUUAUUUUAAUAUCCAUAAUGUUCUCCACUUUCUUCCUGGAUGCACUUACCACUAUGUUGAAGGAACAUUUUUUUUUUUAUCCUACACAGACGCAUUGAGACACGAACCUGUAUGUUUCAGAUAUGAGUCGAUGAUUAUUAGUGAUCAUGUGGUUGUUUUAAUGUUGUAGGUUUAGACAGUAGAAUAAUGUUAUAAUACUGGGUUAAACGUACACGAGACAUUUUAUGCAUGGCCUGGCCUGACCAGUUCAGGGAAAAGCUGGCAUGCAGACAUGGGGAGGUAUGAUGUUAUGGACGGUGGGUCGAGUAGGGAGCCGGGAGGCCUAUUUAAUAGCCUGAACGGUCUACCUGCGCAUACUUACUUGUACUGUGCGCACGCUCGCAGCCAUCUGCACGCGUCACUGCCACGCACGUGUCAGAUAUUUGCACUGGGCCUGCCAGCAUCAUUUAAAACGAGCCACGGCGAGCAACCCUCUCUUUAAAAAAAAACAACAAAACAAACUGCUGAAAGAACAUAACGACUGUGCAGCAACAAUUAAGCGUGAUUAUCUACUUCGUGCGGGGGGGAACAGUCCACGGAUAUCCUUCGCCACAUCUCUAAUCGAUCUUCGUACAGAUCAUCGUUGGCUGGGUUCAGCUCCACAACGCAGUUUCGUUGUUUGAAAUUCCCUUGAGAGUCGGCGUUCAUGCAGGCGCUCGUCAGGUGCAAGGGGACUGCACUCUACCAACUCUCGCAAUGACGUCGGCACAGUUACGAGCUGACGGCUGGCAUGGUGCGGGGCAGGUGAGCCACCAUCAGUGCACGAUGCACAGUCGUCAGGCUUGUUGUUGUUGCUGCUGCUGCUGUUUGUCGUCGGCCUGCAGUCGUCGGGCCUCGGCGCACGACAGUGGGAAGGCGCUGCUCGCCUGACACGAGAGGCGAGAGAUGCGUGGGUGUUUUGUGAAUGAAUCAGACGUUGGGCGGUUUACUACAACUUACACGCCAAGGCACGCUGCUGCGGGUCGCAGCGGACUCAUCGUCCUUCCCCACGCGAAAUUCAGCCUCUCAUUUGAUCAUUCUUCCCUCGGAAAUCGCUCAACGUGAGACGAUGUCACACUAAGAGGAGCGCGUGUUCCUGCAUCUGUUUCUGAAGAAACACCUAUGAAGAGUUUUCCUUCCUUGAAAGUGACCAAACCGCCACCAUGCUGGUUCAGGGAACUGGGUUCGUCAAGAGCGACAAGAACGGGAAUCCUGAGUCGGGAGCCCUGACCCGGAUGAGCAAAACGACGUUGUGGGGUAUCCACGUCAACGACCUGCCCGACGAGAUUCUGGCGAGGAUCUUUGGGUACCUGCACCCCAUCCUGGACGAGCUGCCGCUGCUGGCCAUGGUGUGCAGCAAGUGGCGUCGCGUCCUGUCCUCCACCAGCAGCCUGUGGCGCGAGCUGCACGUUGACCCGCGCGCGUACAAGUACUGGCACUUCUCUCUCAUUUGCUGCGUCUUCCGCGUCUACGGACUACACGUGCAGCGCCUGACCUGGCACGAACACUCUCCGGUGUAUGAAAGCGUCUUCGCGCUGGUCCCGCGCCUGUCCAACCUGCGCUACCUCCGCCUGCCCAUCUUGUGGACGCGGGCCGUGGUGGAGUCGUUGUUCCCCUUGAGCCGCCUGGAGCAGGUGCAGAUUAACGGCGGCUUCUCCCUGUGUGACGAGGACUUGGAGAGGGUCGGCAUGUACUUCCAGGCGCUGAAGGUCGUGUCGCUCAACGCCUGCUGGAUGAUGACCUCCAAGGGAGUCAGCCAGUUUCUGGAGGCGCUGCCGCACCUGGAGACGCUGAAGCUGAAGAUCAACUCGGGGCUGCCCCUGAGUGACGUCCGCAGUGAACACGCCAUGCGGGAGGGCGGUCGAAUCGCGCAGGUGGUGUCGGAAGGACCCUGGGCUCGGCUGGUCAGUGUGCUGUGCCUGCACUUCGUGCCCAUCGAAAUGGACGAGCUUUGGACCAUCGUCAGGAAGAUGAAGUGCCUGAAGAAGCUCAGCAUCAGCAACUGUGAACACCUGCAUGGCAUAAGGCUCGUGUCUGACUCGCUGCAGAAGUUCUACCUGUUCAACCUCUGGAACGUUCUCUUUGUCAGCAUAGAAGCCCCAGACCUCCGUCACGUGACUGUGGACCAAGGCCUAGAGUCCAUGGAGCACUUAGAGAUCUAUUCUCCAAAGCUGCGCCGCGCAUGCAUCAACGGAAGUAACGUCCUUCACACCCUGAAUAUCAAAGGCGGAAGACUUCUGUAUCUGGAGCUGAGCAACUGCGAGGAGCUGGACAUGCGCACCCUGAAGGACACCCUGUACAAGAACCCUCGGGUAGCGGUCCUCAAGCUUGGCUGUCUGUCUGUGGACUCUCUUUUGCUGGAAGAGACGCUGGUACCCGGGGUGCAGGAGCUGUGUCUGCUGGGAGACUUCUCGUGCGAGGCUGUGCACGUACGUAGCCCCAGCCUGCGCCUGUUCCACACGGAAGCCGACAACGACAUCAUCACGCUGAACCACGUCUACAUCACCGCCAACCACCUGUGCAAGGUGGCGCUGAUCGGCACGCCGGCGCUCAAGACGCUGGUGGUACAGUGCGUCAGCGUCGAUGCAAUCGAGCUCAACCUCUGCAGCGACGACCAGCUGGUGCUGGAUUCCUGCAUCAUCCAAGCCCUCGGAUCCGUCGGCUUUCUAAGGCUGUUCGACUGCAAGGUGAACCUAUUUUCACUGAGCACGCCACUGGCUCGCACGGUGGUGCUGUACCGCUGCUGCAUGAGCGACUACGUGCUGCAGAUGGCGCUGCACGGCUGUCCCAACAUCGCGCACCUGAACCUGGAGAAGUGUCGGAGCAUCACGCAGGUGGCCUUGGAGGCUGUUCCCCUCAAGUUCCUCAACAUGUUCGGGUGCCGCGACGUGCACCGCCUGCAGCUGGAUUGCCCGCAGCUGCUGGCCAUCAACCUGGGCCAGUGUCCCAACGUUCGUCUGUACAUGCAGGGUGUGGAGCACGACCUCGCUACCCUCUACCACCAUGGACUGCAGAUCGUUCUGCCGGGGGAAACCAUUCGCUGGAGCCACGAUUUUCCUCCUCAGGUCUACGUCUGCAACUGAGGCUUUCGAACAUUCUUCGGACCAGUCGCGGUCGUUCUCAUUCCGGCUUCCUGUUAUGUCCAGAAACGGUUAGAAAUGUUACUCCUGUGUGUGGACAGCCCUGUCACAGCGAGUACAGGUAAAAAUGACGUAAACUGUAAUGGCUGUAAUAACCUAGUGGACAUAACGGAAGGAAACUGUAAGUGGUUUAUUUUGGAUGUGGCAAGGGGGAGGGAAUGGGGAUUCCCAGGAGAACCUUGACUCGGCGCUCCUCUGCUCCCGAGUCAUCCUAAUGUACACCAGUCAAUUUUGAAGGUAAUAGGGACGAAAGAAAUGUGUUUAAAAACAAACACACUAUUAUGUCGAAGUGAUUGUCUGUCCUUGCCAAGAUAUUUACACAGUAUUCCUUCAUAACAUUCCUCAUAAACAUGGGUGUCUCGUGAAGAGUGAGAUCUCGCGUAGCGUGCACACUCAUUGCCAAAGUCA